UCUACAGAAGCCAAUCAGCGUCUCUGCGUUUCCCGGUUAUAAAGUCUGCUCGGAUCAGCCAGGACUCAGGUUCUCCCAGACCCCGAGGAUGACGGUCACGGCAACUCGAGCCCUCCUGCUGCUCCUGUCAGGGGCUCUGGCCCUGACGGAGACCUGGGCGGGCUCCCACUCCAUGAGUUAUUUCUACACCGCCGUGUCCCGGCCCGGCCGCGGGGAGCCCCGCUUCAUCGCCGUCGGCUACGUGGACGACACGCAGUUCGUGCGGUUCGACAGCGACGCCGCGAGUCCGAGGAUGGAGCCGCGGGCGCCGUGGGUGGAGCAGGAGGGGCCGGAGUAUUGGGAGCGGGAGACGCGGACCGCCAAGGACAACGCACAGACUUUCCGAGUGAACCUGAACAUCCUGCGCGGCUACUACAACCAGAGCGAGGCCGGGUCUCACACCCUCCAGGACAUGUAUGGCUGCGACGUGGGGCCGGACGGGCGCCUCCUCCGCGGGUACAGUCAGUACGCCUACGACGGCGCCGAUUACAUCGCCCUGAACGAGGACCUGCGCUCCUGGACCGCGGCGGACACGGCGGCUCGGAUCACCGGGCGCAAGUGGGAGGCGGCCGGAGUGGCGGAGGACUUCAGGAACUACCUGGAGGGCACGUGCGUGGAGUGGCUCCUCAGAUACCUGGAGAACGGGAAGGAGACGCUGCAGCGCGCAGACCCGCCAAAGGCACAUGUGACCCACCAUCCCAUCUCUGACCAUGAGGUCACCCUGAGGUGCUGGGCCCUGGGCUUCUACCCUGCGGAGAUCACUCUGACCUGGCAGCGUGAUGGGGAGGACCUGACCCAGGACACGGAGCUUGUGGAGACCAGGCCUGCAGGGGACGGGACCUUCCAGAAGUGGGCAGCUGUGGUGGUGCCUUCUGGAGAGGAACAGAGAUACACGUGCCAUGUGCAGCACGAGGGGCUGCCUGAGCCCGUGACCCUGAGAUGGGGUAAGGAGGGAGGCUACACCAUCCUCACUGUGGGCAUCAUUGCUGGCCUGGGUCUCUUCAUGGUCACUGUAACUGUGGUGCUUGGAGCCGUGAUCUGGAGGAAGAAGCGCUCAGGUGGAAAAGGAGGGAGCUACGCUCAGGCUUCAAGCAGUGACAGUGUCCCGAACUCUGAUGUGUCUUACGGCAGCAUGAGACAGCUGCCUUGUGGGGGACUGAGUGAUACAAGAUUUCUGCCCGUCCCACCCCCCAUUAUGACUUCAGGAAUCUUUGACCUCUUUUCUGCAAAUGGCAUCUGAAUGUGUCUGCGUUCCUAUUAGCAUAAUGUGAAGUGGUGGGGAGACUGGUCUCCCACCAACCCCUCCCCACACUGCCCUGCGUUCUCUUGCCUGAUCGACUUUCCUGUUCCCGCAGAGGUGGGGCUGGGCCGUCUCCAUCCCUGUCAUAACUUCAUUGUGCUGAGCUGUAACUUCUUACUUCCUUAUUAAAAAUAAGCAUCUGGA